AUGAAGGUCACCGCAUCCAUCAUCGCUGUUGCAGCUCUCGCUUCCAGCGCCUCUGCCGGCGUUGCCAGCACCUGGGCCGAUUGGUCCAGCACCACGACCACGACCACGACGACCACCACCAAGGCCUCGGUCGCCGCCACCAGCACCCACACCUGGGAGGACUGGACCAGCUCGACCACCACGACCACGACCACCAAGGCCUCCGUCGCUGCCGAGAGCACCCACACCUGGGCUGACUGGACCUCCAGCGCCGCCCCUGUCUCGUGGACCACGACCGUUGUAGGUGCCAUCACAACCUACUGCCCAUAUGCUACCAAAUUCACGCACGCUGGCAAGACCUACGAAGUCACUUCUGCCACCACCCUGACCAUCACUGAUUGCCCGUGCACCAUUUCUGUCCCUGUCUACACAAAGACCUCCACCUCAUGCAGUUCCGUCGCCGCCGUGUCCACUGGUACCUGGGGUGACUGGUCCUCCACCGUCGCUGCCGUCAGCACCACCGUCACCCCCGUUGCUGCUGCCAGCACCUCCAGCGCCGCCUGGUCCCCCUAUGCGCCAUCCAGCGUCGCCCCUGCCGUCGCUACCUACACUGGUGCGGCCAACGCCCUCGUUGCCAACGUCGGUGCUGGUCUUGCUGGUGUCGGUGCCAUUGCUGCUUUCCUCCUGUAA